AGUCGUGUCGUCAUCUGGUAACACUGGCAUUCAGCAGAGCAGUGAAAACGACGUUAACAUUUCUGAUCAAUUAAACAAUUGGAAAAUACGGCCGCAGAUCGCGAUCUAAACGUACCGCCCCCACCACGCCCACUGCCGCCCACGCCCCCUGGCGCGGGGUCACAUCGAUAGAGAGCUUUGCGCGUGUGUGUGUGCGUGUAUGUGUCGGCCGAGAGGAGGAAGACGAAGAGAAAAAAAAACAGGCAGCGAAAAGCGAUAAGAAACGGAACACAACACACUGGAAAAAAUUGCGAUAAGAAACGGGGAGGAGCGGAGCGGAAAUUGCCAAGACUCUGGGAUGGAUUAGCGGCACAGCCGGACUCUGAGGUUAGCCAACAGUGGGAUUAGGACCAGGAACAGCCAUGUCCUCCGCCGUUAACAUCCAGAUCGUAUCCAUGCCGAAUCUGGCCAAGAUCGAGAGCUUCCUAAAGGAUGUCAGCUACCGGGAGACGAUCGAGUACAGUGCCAACUUCAACACGCGCCUGUGCAGCGAGCGGCGCCACCGGCUGCCCUUUCUCGAUCCGCAGACAGGCGUCGCCCAGAACCACUCGCAACUCUUUCUGGACAAGCGACAGCGGAUGCCCGGCUUCCGGCAGGGCCAGAUCUACACGUAUCCGGCGGCCCGCUGGCGGAAGAGCCGUCGCCAGUACUUGAGCAAGAUGUACAGCCGCUUUCCCGAGCGCCCCUUCCAGGCGCUACGCAAGGAGCACGAAGCUCUGGUGGCCAGCGGCGUUAAUCUGGGACUGAGCAGCCUGACCAGUGGUGUGGGAUCAAUGCCCGGCAGCAAUAGCCUGGCCAGCAGCUCCUCCCUUACGCUCAAUAUGCUAACGGGCGGCGGAGCCGCGCCGGCCGUACUUGGUUCCCUGCACAGCGACACUGCCCACGAUUUUAAUGGAGCCUUCAGUCUGGAGGAGUCGAGCUCACUGGGUGCCGCCGGCGGUGAUACAUCCGACAGCAAGGACAGUCAACAGCAACAACAUCAGCAGCAACACCACCAGCAGCAGGCCGUCAAGGAGGAGCAUUUGCCCAAGGAGUGGUUCUACGAUGAAAUGGACAUAAACGAUGUUGACUCACUGGAGGAGCCCAAGUCGCCGGCAGAUGAUGAGUACGACUAUGAUCCGCGCUAUGGCAACAAAAAGAGGCGCAAGCGGCGGCCGGGCAAGCGUGGAGGAGAUUCUGGCGGCGGAGGUGGUGGAGGAGGCGCUGGCGGUGCCGGCAAUUCAGGUGGUAGCUCCAGCUCGCGGAGACGCAGUGCAGCGGUCAGGUCGCGCAUCACCACAACGGAUGCGGCGCUGGACGCCUCGCUGGAGGCCAUCGAAUCCGGCGAGAGUGUUCCGGGCAGCAAUGGAGGCCCAAUCUCCAGCGGUGGCAUCCUUAGUGGCAGUCUGGGAGCAGGCCUAGCUGGAGUGACCGGAUCUGGGGGCGGAGGAGGAGCAUCGGGAGCUUCGGCCAACAGCCGCCGAUCUCGGGGAGCGGGAACACGCGGCAGGCGACGAACCAAGGGACCAAACAGCGCCGUUGGAGCGGCAUGCGAUCCGACAAGCCCCGGCAUGGUCAUCGAGCCACCAUCCUUCGAGAGUGCCGCUGCUGCGGUGGGCGUGGUCGAGGACGCGAACGCCCAUCUGCGCAACUAUCGGAAGUAUCUGUAACCGCUCUAUCAGCAACUAAUUGGACGUGUAAUCAAUCAAACCCCUUGUUUUCGCAUUGUUUUCUCGCCUAUUGAUCGACCUACUUUUCGCACAUAAUUUAAAGAUAGUUUUAAAGCCUUAGUUGAUCACUGUUGCCCCCGACAAAAGGAUAAAGGAGGAGCCAAGAAAGAAAUGAAACAAAUACAUUGUGGACCAGGGACAGAAACAGGAUUAGAAUCAGGAUCACGAUCAGAACCGCGCACCAGGCCGUAGCCAAUACAAUUCCAAUGUUUCGCCUCUCUUAAUUUUACGUUCCCAUAGCCAAUUGAUUGUUGUUUUUUGAACUACCAAUAGACUGGCGAACUUCUCUAUAGGAUAAUUUGAGCUGAAACUUAUGGGAUGUAGAAAACAUUAUUCGAUCAAUUGAAAUGUAGUUGUAUGUUUAGCAAACCUUUAGGCCGUCAAUAAACAUUAUAUAAGUUAGUCAAUGAUUUGAUAAAGAAGCUUUUCCGAAAUCCUUAGGCAAUUCAUUAUUAAAUAUUUUGGGCAUCCUCAAUGCCAUAAGUGAAAAGUAACUCCACCGUUUGUGAAACAACAUAUUUAACAUAAUGAUACGAAAGUAUAUAAUUUUGCAAUAUUUACAAUGCGAUCUUGUAAUGAUUUUACGCCUGGUUUUCAAAGAUUGGCUUAGAGAAGUUCGCCAGUCCAUUUCAUUAUAUUGUACAUUAUAUAUAUGAGUGUACAGACAUUAUACUAUAUAUAUAUUUACAUGCAUUAUAUUUGCGACUCUACUUAAAGCAAGUCCACCUUUUGGACUGGCUCUCCACCUAAUCGCAAUCUCUCGGUUUCUGUUGCUGCAUGUUCUUAAUACUACUUUACCUAUCACCUAUCUCCCCAAAACCCAAAACCCAAAUAUUCUAUUCAAUUUUUUUUAUUUAACCAAAAUUUUAGUUAAAAAUGAGACAAUUCAAAUUGUAAUCUAUUUAGGCAAGUGGUAGGGUAUCUCUAGCAUUAGAAGAAGCUACAAAAAAAAAAACACAAUUUCGCAAAACCAAAAUUUUUUCUCUAGGAUCAUAAUUAUUAAGCUGAGCUAAAA